UCGUUCUGCUAGAGGGUAGCGACUUACAGAGGGUCUUGGAAGGUGUGAGAAACAAGAAUGCAAGGGAAGAAUGCGGUGAGGGGCCUUUAGGCAGUAGUGUCGCGACUAUGGGAAUCAUGUCCUGCAGCCCUCCAAGAGAACUUUCUUCUUCGAACGGCGAUAGAGGGGAUUUAUGAUGAUAAGUACAUGAAAGGUAGUGCUGCACUAGGAAUCUAGCAAGAGAUAUCAAGCAAGUGGUACACCAAUAGUCCAGUAACAACACAUCGUUUUUGUGUGUCUCCAAAAUUCAAACUCAUGUUAUUGUGCAGGAGUGGUGAAAACAAUAAAUCGGAUCAUCGACAGCGAUCAGGAGACCAGUUGAAGCACAAGAAUAAACUAACUCCUUCGUUUUUUUCCACCUUCAUUAUCAUUGUCGUCGUCCGACCAGCACUUGGCGAUGGAGAGCGAGGAGCCUGCCACGACUCGACUGAAUCCAAAGAAGCGGCCAGUAGGUGCUAAAGGACGUUCCAUCGAGGAAAAAACUACUUCCGGUCCUACAGUCAGAUCAGGCAGUGGCGGAGGUCUCAGGAAUACAGAUUUGCCGACCAAGAAAGGCUCCUCAAGCAGUGGCGCGGCUGUAGGAGGUGUGGCCCCUGCAGGUGCAGUGAGCGUAGCUGGAGGCGCAGUGGGC